UGCUUGUUACACUAUAUGGCUGUUUUGAAUUAGGCAAAAUGUGAACUAGUCGUUUGACGAUGUGAACUAGCGGUUUGACGUCCAUUGACAGUCAUGACGUCAUUGACAGUGAUACACCCACCAAUACUAAUCAGUCAGUUCAGCUCAGCCACAUUGAGAGCACACACUAAACACUCAGCUCCGAGUCUCUUUGCUGAUUCCAGUUGAAGCCAGUUCCUUCACAAGAUGUCUGAAAGCACAGAGUUAAAAUUUCGUGAAGAAUUAUAUUCUAGGUAUGAGAAGUGUCGCAAAUAUCUCAUUCCGAAAGAAGAAUAUUCCCAAAUUAUUGAGGACAUUCGUACAACUAGUGAAAGGAAGAACACUAAGAGUCGCCAUCAAUACUACCUUCUGAGUAAAUAUGAAGUGCUACAGUGUGGUGAUGUUGAGAAACUUAUUAAGAAACGACAAACCCCAGAUGAAACACCGGUGUACUAUGUCUCCAUUGAAGACACUUAUGACAUUGUUAAGAGGGCCCAUGUUGCAACUGGGCACGGUGGUCGAGAUAGAAUGACUAAAGAACUCCAAGUGAAAUACACCAAUAUUCAGCGGGAUACAGUUGAACUAUUCAAAUCGUUGUGUCAGGAAUGCCAGAAAAAGAGAAAGCGACCAAUGACAAAGGGAGUUGUGGUUAAACCUAUUCUGAGUAGUGAAUUUUCAUCACGUGGGCAGGUAGAUCUUACUGACGUGCAGUCUAUGUCGUGUAGAACUUACAAAUGGAUUAUGGUUUACCAAGACCACUUAACAAAGUUUUGCGUUCUGCGUCCACUCAAAUCAAAGCGUGCAGCUGAAGUAGCAUUCCAACUAGCUGAUAUUUUUCUUCUCUUGGGGGCUCCUGUAAUUCUUCAAUCAGACAAUGGUUCUGAGUUUACUGCUCAGAUCAUUACUGAACUGUGUUCCAUGUGGCCUGAAUUAUCCAUCGUUCAUGGUAAGCCAAGACACCCACAGAGUCAAGGCUCUGUGGAGAGAGCAAAUGGUGACAUAAAGGACAUGCUUGUUGCUUGGAUGGCUGACAAUAACUCAACGGACUGGGCAACGGGCAUAAAAUUUGUUCAAUUCUCCAAGAAUUCUGCCUAUCACGCAGGGAUCAAGAGAAGUCCAUAUGCUGCAAUGUUUGGUGUGAAUGCCAGAGUCGGACUGACAUCAACAUCACUUCCACAAGAAAUCAUCAGUUCCCUGCAGUCUGAACAAGACCUUGUAACCUUGCUUCAAGAAAGAGAAACUGAUACCAACAAUCCUGAAACAGAAAGUACAGACCAAGAACCAGUCGCAGCCGAAAUUAACGAGGAUGAGCAAGAAAUUGAUGUCAACUCCCAACGUAUAGCUGCCAGUGAACCAGAACAAGUACAUGGACAAGAACAAGAAGAACAUGAACCUGUAUCCCCUCAUCACCCUGAUCUUGAUCAACUGCAACACAGCAUCAACUCCCAACGUAUAGCUGCCAGCGAAUCCCAGAAACAACAAGCGGAGCGUAUGGUGAAGAGAAGUCGAAUAGAGUUAAAAGCAGGUGAGAUAGGAGACAACGUUGCUCUUCCCAUUCCUUUAGUUGAUCGAGGUCGUGGAGACCCAAGGAACAUCUUAGGAGUUAUAGUGAGUAGGAGCAUAAACGAUCAGUACAAAGUAGCUACCAAAGGUGGUGUUCUAAAAGGAAGCUAUUCAAGGAAUCAAUUUGACAUUUGUCCUGCAAGCCAGGUUCUCAAGAGUGUUUCUCCUGUUAAUAAUGUAGAAAUCUAGUUAAUCUGUCACUACAGCCACAUAAAUAUCUUGAAAGCGCUUGUAACUUGAAUUAGACCCUUUAGAACGUAGUGGAGGCGCACCGAGAAACGUUUCAGAAUACACUUCACAGAGAGUGAGCGAAGUAGGGAAGUCCCUCUGUCGCACGUGUUAUCCUUUCAUUUCCGUGUUAAAGGGAGAAGGAGAAGGAUGAGCUGGUAGGGGUACGAGUGUGGAGAAGAGCAAGAGGAGGAAUUAAACGAACACACACACACACACACACACACACACACAAGUGAAAGCAAGCCGCAACUGAUUUAUUUAUUUUUUUUAUUUUUUUUUCAGGUGGGGGUUCCCUUCUAGGAUGCUUGAUGAAAAAAAGAGUCUGGAAAUAAUAACAGGUUACUGGAAGGUUAGGUGAGUAGGAUGCGAUUCCGUUUACU